AUGCCUGGCAUAUCCCCCCGCUCCUACCACUCCCAUGCCGACGACACCUCCUCAAGCCCCCCUCGCUCAGACUCGAGCUCAUCCUCCAAUGCCUCCUUCCUCCCUCUCUACACCGACGAGAAGAAACGCAAACCCUCUCUCACCCAACGAACCUCCUCCAGGCUUCUACAGACCAUCGGAUCGUCCCGGAGGCGGUCCAGUGUGCCGCUACUGGGCUUGGCAAGGCGCAAAACAACACAAUUAGCACUGGCCGCCGGCCUGCUCUUCCUUGGUGGGUUGCUGCUUGGUGAAUAUAGGGAGCACAAUCUGCGAGAGUCUUUAUGGAAUCAAGAGCUCGCGCUGCAAGAAUGGGACGUUCGGCACAACAAUGCUCGAGAAGUGAGUCUCGUCACUUUGAGAUCAGAGCUCGAAGCCAAGCGCCGGACGGAAGAAUUGGAGAGCAAACUCAGGGGACCCAAAGAAGACCGGGCGUGGACGGAAUGGGAUGAUGUGAGGAUACGGCAGGAGUCAGAAGAUGCCUGGCCGAGCUGGUGGGGGAAUCCAGAUCUGGUGGGGCAGAGCCCGUUUGACCACAGACCUGCGGCGCUGCGCCCGGGCAAGGAGAAGCGGCGCUUCAUGGUGCUCACUGACUACAAGGACUAUUUGGAGCGCAUGAAUACCCACACCUACGAAAUUGUCGACGCAGCCCUUCGACAUCCGGGUCUCAUCGUCGAUGUCUGGGGUCCCGGCUGGGCAGGCUACGAUCGCUCAAUACCACUAUCAGCCAAUAUCCGCAAAAGAUCCCACCGAAUAUCACAGUUGGAGAAGAGCAAGGAGGCGUUUGAGAAGAAGAGGAGAAAUAUAAGGAGCAAAGGUAAACAAGUGGCAGAGGAGGGUGAGAUUUGGGUCAAGCCGGAGUGGCCGUCAACGGUGCCGGACGAGUGCAGUGAUGUGCGGUUCGACGUUGUUUUGACCAUCUCAAACAUCUACAAAGAGAAUGACCCCCAUCUCGACUUUCUUGAUUGCGGCGCUCUCCUUGUUCAGCAGCUUGGCGACUGCCAUGAACUUCGUUGCUCUUACGAAUGGUAUCAGGCCAAUAAUAUCACCCUCUCCAAGUACGCCUUUGAACUCCCCGAAUUGUUCGAAUAUAGCAAAGUCAAGGCAAAGUAUCCGGAUUGGGAGAUGGGGCUAUUCGGGCAUAGUCCGGAUACGGCCAAUGAGUGGGAUUUCUGGCCUGUCAAGUGGAACGAGAAGAAGGCAGAUGCAAACAUAUUUGGGUAUGAUGGGAGCUUCUACCCUAUUCGAACCACUGUCACAGACAACAUUCGUGACCUUGAGGGCUCGGAUCAGAAGCCCCUUGUUGGCCGCCACCCUCAUCCUGGUUACACCGUUUCUGUCCCCCAACAAGCCCGGGAUGACCCCUUGGAGACUUAUGAAAAGGAUCACCAGUAUUACACCACACAUCUCAAGCUGAGACGGGAUUUCGCCAGGGGGAUGAGGGAGUCGAGGGUCUGUGUCUUUGAUGCGAGUCUGGAAAGGAAAUUGAUUCGUAAAUACGCUCAAGCCUUCCUCUCUGGCUGUGUUGUAGCGUCCGACCUUCCUACAGAACAAGAAGCGGCCCUUUCCAAAUUUAUCAUCCCCCUCAAAUCCUCGUGGAACAUAGAACAGAUCAAUUCGGCCAUCCAAUACUACCUCGACAGGCCUGAGGUGUUGCAGCAGAUGGCAGUCCAUGCCUUGGUGUAUGCCAGGCAACACCUGACCACAAGUACAAAGGUGGACCAUAUUCUGGAGAUGGUAGAUCAUUAUCGAGGGGGCUCAAGGGGAUACGAAUUCCCGUAUGGCUUCUCCAUGAGGUGCAGAGCUUAUUGGAGCAACGAUGACAGCUACAGACCGCCCUGGUGUCGAGAUAUCAAGAGCCACACUGGCCUUGAGUAA